CUGUCUGUCAACAGAAGUGCGCCUACCUGUCACUUCCUGCUGUCGGGAUUUAUUCAUUUUCACUUUUACGUUGCGACUAGAGUAAUUCGGUUCGUCACAGCCAUGUUUGCAUGAUUCCGUCUAAUGUAUCCCGCACGGUUUGUGGACCCUGCGGACCAAACGUUGCGACCUUGGCUUCAUGUUCGACUCAAAGGAGGAGUAGCCCCCCCCGGACACUGCUGUGGUUUAAUCAACUCGACUCGGCUCGUGUUAAUGUGGACGCAGACUGGCGCUUGUUUGACUAACGCAGCGGCGGCGGGGACGGUAUCUGGCGGAGAGGCAUGGCUGAGAGGUUAUGUGCUCCUUCGUCGCCCUGACCUGUGCAUCCCAGCAGUCCCUCUGUGAGCAUGUAUCGCAGGAACGGGCUUUCAGAUGGCACCAGCAUCCAUUCAGUCACUUCAGAGGCCAGCAGCAGCUCGGACUCUCUGGAGGAGCCUUGCGUUGACUACGCCAAGAGCUACGAUGCCGUGGUCUUUGAUGUGCUGAAGGUGACUCCGGAGGAGUUUGCUAGCCAAAUCACCCUGAUGGAUGCCCCGGUCUUCAAAGCGAUUCAUCCAGAGGAGCUAGCUAGCUGCGGAUGGAAUGGGAAAGAGAAACACAGAUUGGCACCCAACGUGGUCGCAUUCACCCGCAGGUUCAACCAGGUGAGCUUUUGGCUGGUGAGAGAAAUCUUAACUGCCCAGACGCUGAAAAUCCGAGCAGAAAUACUUGGCCACUUUGUCAAAAUAGCAAAGAAACUGUUGGAGUUGAACAACCUUCACUCUCUGGUGUCAGUGGUGUCUGCUCUGCAGAGCGCUCCCAUCUUCAGACUCAACAAAACCUGGGCGUUGAUCAGUCGGAAAGACAAGGCCACAUUUGAGAAGCUCAACUAUCUGACAUCCAAGGAAGAGAACUACACCCGCAUGAGAGAAUAUAUCCGCUCCCUGAAGAUGGUGCCCAGCAUUCCUUAUCUUGGGAUCUACCUGCUGGACAUGAUCUACAUUGACUCAGCAUAUCCUGCGUCAGACAGUAUUAUAGAGACCGAGCAGCGGACCAAUCAGAUGAACAACCUUCUCAGGGUCAUCUCCGACCUGCAGAUGUCCUGUAACUACGAUUACUUGGUGACCCUGCCACAUGUCCAGAAGUAUCUGUUGUCAGUUCGCUACAUAGAGGAACUCCAGAAGUUUGUAGAAGAUGACAAUUUCAAACUGUCUCUGAAGAUUGAGCCUGGCAACAGCUCCCCUCGCAUUGCUUCGUCUAAAGAAGACCUGACAGGUCUUUCUGUGGUUUCUGCCUCUCUGAGGUAUAACCGCCGGCCUACCUGUCCCGAUGCGUCUGUGGGGGUUCAUAUUGCCACCCCCCCUCCCUCACACCACAGGAAGAGCCACAGUCUGGGAAACAACAUGAUGUGUCAGUAUGGCAUGUCCCAGAGCAGGAGUGCUACGUUUCCCAUACAGAAAGCACGCCACCUGCUGGACGACAGCUUUUUAGAGUCUCAGAGUCCGGUCCGGAACGAUCCACAUAGUACUUCUGUGUCCAAUGGCCUCUUGUUAGGCAGCAGUGAAAGCUCUUUGGGGGAGGAGCUGUCACCUGCAAUGGAGAGGGGCCGCAUGUACGCAACACUGGGCCCCAACUGGAGGGUCCCACUUCGCAACUCCCCCCGGAGCCACGGCUAUGUUUACAGUAGUCCGUCCCGCUUCUGCGGCCCACCUCGCUAUGGAUGCAGUGAGGCUGGCAGUGUGGCUAUUGAAGGACCCCUGCGAAGGAAAACACUGCUGAAGGAGGGACGGAAGCCCAAGUUGUCAUCGUGGAGCAGAUUUUGGAUCAGUCUGUCUGGAUCAACACUGACAUUCUAUGGGGCCAAAGCACUGAGGGCCUCUGAGAGGAAACAUUAUAAGUCCAACCCCUGCAAGAAGGUGUGUGUGACGGGAUGGAUGGUGGUUCUGCCAGAUGACCCAGCCAGACACAUCUUCCAGCUCAAUGACCCAGAUAAAGGCAAUGUUUACAAGUUCCAGACAGGAUCCAGGUUUUCAGCGAUCAUCUGGCACAAAAACCUGGAAGAGGCUUGUAGGAGCAGCAGACCCCAGAUGCCAGCAAACCUCAUGUCAUUUGAAUGAGAGCAGACCUUACACAGCGGGACAUUAUUGUGCCAAACCCAUUCGUUUGGGAUGUACAGACUAAAUAAUGGAACACAGUGGAAUGUGAUGUAAUCUACUGAAAUGGGAGAGUCGAGAAGCAUCUGGCACUGUGG